AUGAGAGCCCGACGCCCCAGAUUCUACAGCUUGAAAAAGCCUAGAGUCCGCAUGUCAUGGAACAAAUUCAACAUGUACAACCUAGCUCGUAUGCAGCUCUCGAGAAACCGUAGAUCAGGGACCUUUUUCCAGCAAAAAUGGGCAGCCAAGUCUCUCACCCGUGGUUAUCACGGCGGUACCAUGCGCGAGGGCGACUGGGAGCGCAUGUUCUCUCGUCGCCUCCUCGGCACCGUCGACAUCGAUCCUGCCUACCUCGCCCGGUACGACGGCUCUGAACAGGCUGCCGGCCGCGGCUCCGGCAGGGACCUCGAUCCCAACGACCCCAGGCCCGCCGUCUCGGCAGACCAGUUCUCGAAAUCAUGGAACGCCCGCCGCCGCAGAUUCGAAAAUGAGGCCAACAGCGAGAGGUCCGGUACCUUUCACCACAUAUCUGCCAAACGUGUGGUCGAAAAUGACGACAUCUGGAUCAAGACGAACGACGUCGCCAAACAAAUGACCCCCUAUAUGCAGAUGACCUACGCACCACUGGAGAGGCGGUUGGAAGUCGCCAUCUUCAGGGCCAUGUUUGCGAGCAGCACUCUGCAGGCGAGACAGUUUUGCAUCCACGGCGCCGUCAGGGUCAAUGGUCAACUG